AUGAUUCAUGAUGCCGUCCUCGACUAUUACGGACGAAAGCUGGCCACCUGCUCCAGCGACCGCACAAUCAGAAUAUUCGAAAUCGAGGGCGAAUCUCAGAGGCUAAUCGAGACUCUGAAGGGUCAUGAAGGCGCUGUAUGGUGCGUCGCCUGGGCCCAUCCCAAGUACGGAAACAUUCUCGCGUCGGCCGGUUAUGACGGCAAGGUUUUCAUCUGGAAGGAACAAGGUCCGCAGCACCAGUGGCAGCGCAUCUACGACUUUCCGCUACACAAGGCUUCGGUCAACAUUGUCUCGUGGGCGCCACACGAGGCAGGCUGCCUGUUAGCCUGCGCUUCUUCCGAUGGAAACGUUAGCGUUCUUGAGUUCAAGGACUCGGCUUUCGACAACACCACCUUUCCCGCUCACGGGCUCGGCGUCAACUCGGUCUCCUGGGCUCCCGCAACCGCCCCCGGUAGCAUCGUCAGCAGCUCCCCCGGCCCCGCUGCCGCUGGCAACCGCCGCUUUGUCACUGGCGGUAGCGACAAUGUUGUCAAGAUCUGGGCUUUUGACCCGGCCACUCAGUCAUACAAGCAAGAGGGAGAAGCCCUCACCGGCCAUUCAGACUGGGUUCGCGAUGUGGCCUGGUCACCCACGGUCCUCAAAAGGUCGUACAUUGCCUCAGCUUCACAGGAUAAAACAGUUCGCAUUUGGACCUCGGAUUCGACGACGGGCGGCGCUGCCGAGUGGGAAAGCAAGACGCUCGACUUCGAGGCGCCCGUCUGGCGCGUGAGCUGGUCCCUCAGCGGCAAUGUGCUCGCUGUUAGCGGUGCCGACAACAAGGUUUCUCUGUGGAAGGAGAAUCUCCGCGGCGAGUGGGAAUGCGUCAAGAAGAUAGAGGAUUGA